AUGGCAGCAGUUGAUAUGCAAAUGAGAUCAAGUGACUUAGGAGAAGGAAAAAAAAAUGAAAAUGAUAAAAUUCAUGGAAAUAAAAAUGACGAGGAAAUGCAAUCAGGCAUCAAAACAUAUUAUGAAAUGAAAAUAGAAGAAUAUGAAUCAAUUAUAAAUAAAAAAUUACAAAAUAAAAAACGGUUAGAAGCUCAAAGAAAUGAAUUAAAUACAAGAGUUAGAGAAUUAAGAGAUGAAAUCCAAUAUUUAUUAGAAGCUGCAUCAUAUGUUGGUGAAAUAGCUAAACCAAUGGGAAAAAAUAAAGUGCUUGUUAAAAUCAACCCAGAAGGUAAAUAUGUAGUAGAUAUAGCUAGCCAUAUAGAUAUAACUAAAUGUACACCAAAUACAAGAGUAGCUUUAUAUAAUGAUUCAUAUAAGUUACAUAAAAUAUUACCAAGUAAAGUUGAUCCCCUUGUUUCAUUAAUGAAAGUUGAAAAAGUACCUGACUCAACAUAUGAAAUGGUUGGAGGGUUAGAUCAGCAAGUUAAAGAAGUUAAAGAAGUUAUUGAAUUACCAGUUAAACAUCCAGAAAUAUUUGAAUCAUUAGGUAUAUCCCAACCUAAAGGAGUAUUAUUGUAUGGACCCCCAGGUACUGGAAAAACUUUAUUAGCACGUGCCGUAGCACAUCAUACAGAUUGCACAUUUAUUAGAGUUUCGGGUUCUGAACUUGUUCAGAAAUAUAUUGGAGAAGGAUCUCGAAUGGUUAGAGAAUUGUUUGUUAUGGCCAGAGAGCAUGCACCAUCUAUUAUUUUUAUGGAUGAAAUUGAUUCUAUAGGAAGUCAAAGAAUAGAAGGUGAACAUGGAGAUUCAGAAGUUCAAAGAACAAUGAUGGAAUUAUUAAAUCAAUUAGAUGGAUUUGAGUCGACACAGAAUAUUAAAGUUAUUAUGUGCACUAACAGAAUUGAUAUAUUAGAUGAUGCAUUAUUAAGACCCGGACGGAUCGAUAGGAAAAUCGAAUUCCCAAAUCCAAAUGUAGAAGCACGUAUUGAAAUUCUUAAAAUUCAUAGCAGAAAAAUGAAUUUAAUGAGAGGUAUUGAUAUGGUUAAAAUCGCUACAGAUAUGAAUAAUUGCUCAGGAGCAGAAGUUAAAGCUGUUUGUACUGAAGCAGGUAUGUUUGCAUUAAGAGAAAGACGAGUUCAUGUUACUCAGGAGGACUUUGAAAUGGCUGUUGCUAAAGUUAUGAAACAAGAUGCAGAGAAAAAUUUUACCUUAAGAAAGUUAUGGAAAUAA